CUCAGCCAUCUUGGAUUUUUGUGUGUGAUAGCGACCUCUUGCGGUCGUUUCUGAAAUUGAUUAGUCUUUCGGAAAGGACGCCAUCCUGAGUCUGGAAGAGGACAAGGAAGCCAUGGAAACCGGUCAACACAAAUAUGGCGGAAGUCAUCAGAUGUUGAUAGAAGACUGGACGGGACGCUCACUAUCACACUUCGCUUGCACCAUAGGAUUAUCACACUGUUAUUAUCGAUACCACAAUGACGUUAUAUAUGCCACCGUUAUCAAGGAAAGGAAGGACAGACUCUCGUUAUGAUCCAGAUACGCGGCGAGUGUUUAACACGGACGACACGGACACAGACGUGACCGGACAGACACACUACCAGAACUCUUUACAAGGCAGACAGCGAAAACAACAGAUAGUGAGACCGUCAUCCGGGACUAGAAAAAACAACCCUCACCCAAGAGAUGUUGGGUUUCUACGACAAGACGUUGCGUUACUGAAUGACCCAAUAUGCCACGUUCAAACACGGGAAACAGACCACGAACAACCGGAAUGGUGGCCAUCACGAACAUCAAAUGAACCGCUUAAAAAACCGCCAUAUACAUACGAUUCAACCAUGCGAUGUGACUUUAAAAAUAAAGUUGAUGCGAACAAUCCUGGUCUUACGAGGCAUGGCUGUAAUCCGAACAUCCAUGCAGCCAGUGGUAUAGUUCCCAUAAAUCAUUUAUAUCCCAGACGAGGGCCCCGACUACUCGUAGAACAUAUUUCAUAUGAACACCAGUAUGACAGCAGAGGUCAAACAAAUAACCCGGUGAGAGGAAAGUACAAUAAACCAUAUCCCGGCAUUUUAUUGUCUGCAUCUGGUUUUGAUAAUACAAACACAAGUGAAUGUUUAAUGCAGAGGGUACAGAAUGCAGCAGCCAGGAUUGUCUUGAAGAAUAUUAGACCUGCUUGA